AUGGCAGAGCGGUAUGAAGUGUUGGGAUCUGCAGGUCCUGUAUUUGCAUUUGCUGGUGAAGAUGUGACUCUGCCCUGUUCAGUCAAACCCAACAUCAGUGUUGUGGACAUGAGAGUCGAGUGGUUUAGACUUGAUCAGAAAUACUCAGUAGUUCAUCUCUAUGAGGAUCAUGAAGACAGAAACACAGAGCAGAUUCAGUCCUACAGAGGGAGAACUGAACUCAAUCAUCAACAACUACAAACAGGAAACGCAUCACUCAGACUAUCAGCAGUGAAAGUGUCUGAUGAAGGACGCUAUAAGUGUUUUAUUCAGUCCAACUCAGUGUCUGAUGAUGCCACGAUUAAUUUUAAAGUUGAAGCUGUAGGAAGUCCUCCAAUGAUCACAGUAGAUGGAUUUGAUCAUUUAGGAGGGCUUCGUCUACAGUGUGAAUCUGAAGGUUGGCAUCCUGAACCUGAUCUUGAGUGGCUGGACAGUGAAGGAGUCAGACUGAGUUCAGAAACUACAGAGAAACACAGAAACACAGACAGAUUCAGUGUGAAACACACCGUCACUGUUCAUCAGAGAAACAGCAAGAUUCACUGCAGAGUCAAAGUGAGACACCACAUGCUGGAGACACUGAUCAGCUCUACAAGUGAGUAA